GCUCUUGAUAGAGGAGCCUUUUGGGCCACAAGAACCGUGUGUACUCACCACUUUCUGCUUGGACACACACAAACAAUGGGACACGUCUGGAGUGCCUGGGGCCCAAACCCUGAGGAAGGGCAGAUGGUGUCCGGGAUCGAGGACCGCACCCCAAUUAACAUGAGAAAAGAGGGCGACAGAGGCGGGGGAACAGAUCUAGAAAAAUUUCCAUGUCUGCAUCAGCUCUUGAAACCAAAAGAGAUGUCCGUUGAUGAGGAUACUGUAAAAACUGGCAGUCCACAGGCCAGCUCAACUUCUUCUCUGCAGCUCUCAGACUGUACUGGAGGUUACAGUAAUAUAUCUGUAAUGGUGGAGGGUACUGCAGCCACCCCUGACUUUGCAGCUGCCUGUCCUGUCCCGGGCACUGAAGCCUCACCUAAACACACCAGUACAACUGACACACUUACCCACUCAGAUGAUGCUGGACAGAGAACCAGAGGGAACGAGAAUAACAUCAAUCGCAGGAACAGCUUUCAUCAUUCCAAACAACAGCAACAAACAAAGCUAACAAAACGGCGCAACACAGCAAACUCUGGUUUCAAGCAUCCGACAUCUGGCAAGAGGAGACGAAGGGCCAAUUCUGAGAGUGACUCCGUCCUGCCUACCAACUUCCUUCUGGGUGGGAACAUUUUUGACCCACUGAAUCUCAACAGCCUGCUGGAUGAGGAGGUCAACAGGGCACUGAAUGCAGAGACGCCCAAAUCCUCCCCACUGCCAGCGAAGAGUCGAGACCCUGUGGAGAUCCUUAUCCCCAGAGACAUCACAGAUCCACUGAACCUGAACAGCGGGAUAGCAGACAGUAGUUUUUUGGUGUCUCCCUACAAGAGUGGUGGCAGGAAGAGACACCGCAACAGACACCAUGGAGGAGGAGGAGGAAGUGGUGGAGGUGGUGGGAUCUCAACCACACAGAUCAACCUCUCGGAAUCAGGAAAAAACGAGGUUAAAACUGUCACCUCCACACCGCUUCCAGGUGUGUUAGCCUCAUGUUCUGCACUAGAUGUCUCCAAAGACUCCAGCAGUUUGUCCAGUGUCACAGGGGAUUCCCAUGAGCACUCAGCUGACAACUCAGGCAGCUGCAAGGAGGAGAUGACAUCUGUAUCAAUGGAGGAUUCCACUUCCUCCAUAUUGGGAGGACCAAACCAGCACACAAGCAGACGCAAGCGUAGGCGCAAUUCUGGCAAAAUGGAGGCCCCUGUGACCCAUUCUACCCCCACUGGAAAGUCAGGAUGUGGAGACAGAAGUUUUGGUACAGGGGGACAGAGAAAUUCUCAGUCUUUCCACACACCAAGAUGUGGUCCUAAACAAGGCACAGGAGGCCGCCAGCACCAGCAGCCCCACAACCAGGUGAAGGAGCAACAGAAGAAGAAGUUCCAGUAUGGGAACUACAACAAGUAUUAUGGCUACCGCAACCCAGGCGCUAGUGAAGACCCGAGGGUGCGUGUGCUUCGUCCAGAAUGGUUUGAAGGUAAAGACGUACUGGAUUUGGGAUGCAACUCAGGCCACCUAACACUUUAUAUUGCCAAAAUGCUAAGACCUGCUCGCAUAUUGGGCCUGGAUAUUGACAGUGGUCUGGUACAUGCAGCCCGAAAGAACAUCAGACAUUAUCUGUCUGAGCUGCAGACCCAAGAGGCCAGGCGUGCAAUGCAGGAGAAAACGAGCUCUAAACAGGAGGAGAGGAAUGGAAGUGAGAGUCACAAAGGCUCAGAAAAGAAGCACAAUGAAGCUGAGAUCAGGGAUGAAAAUGGGAAACCAGUGAAAGGAGAAAGUAGCCCUGCAGAGGCUGUAAAUGACAAUGACUCGUGUCACACAGAUGAGGCAGGGACCCAGAGGCAGGACAGCAAAACAGAGGAAAUGGAGCAGGAAGAUUGUGAUUCACCCCCUGCUGAUCACUCUGUGAGCUGCUCUUUUCCUAUGUCCCUACGGAUCUCCAGGGGACCCAUUGCUGCACCUCCACUAACAGAGACAUCCACCACACAACCUGGGGAGUUCCCCUCAAAUGUGUCCUUCAUCAAGGCCAAUUAUGUACUGGAGAAUGAUAAUCUGCUUCUGACUCAGCGGCCAGAGUAUGACGUGAUCCUGUGCCUGAGCCUUACCAAAUGGGUUCACCUGAACUGGGGAGACAGUGGCCUCAAGCGGCUCUUCAAGAGAGUCUACAGACAUCUCCGUCCUGGAGGCAUGUUCAUCCUCGAGCCUCAGCCGUGGGAGUCCUAUGUGAGGAGGAAGAAGCUGACUGAUAAUAUUAGCAGGAAUUAUAACAGCAUCCGCCUCAGACCUGACCAGUUUUCAUCAUACCUUAUAACUGAGGUGGGCUUCACCAGUUUCGAGUUCCUUGGGGCCCCCAAAUGUUCAAUAAGAGGUUUUCAGAGGCCAAUCUACUUAUUUCACAAAUGACCGCUCCUGCCUUGAAGAUUGUUGAAUGUGAGUAGCCUAAACCACCACCAUACAUACAAGCCAGCCAGCUGCCCUGGACUGCAAGGAAUCAUUGUGAAUCCUUAACAGUUAAUCCAGCUUUUCAGACCCUGAAGAUGAAAUUCAGAAAGGAGAAAUGGGACCAAAAGUGGAAUAAAUUUUUUUUAAAGAUGAGAUCUGUCAAGAAGAGGCACCUAUCAGAAUUUUCUGUGACUACAAAUUCUUAAAAAAGUACGGAGUGAACUCAGAUAGGAGUUUACAGUGUAUAACCUGGAGCCAGACAUCAUAGUUUGGCCAGACUGUGGAAGAUGUGCUCAUUUGAUCAGUUCCUUGGACUAUCCUAGCGCUAAUGAUGCCGCAGUUUGAUGCACGGCCAUAACACGUGUUUGAAUACCUUUGGCCAUAUAUCUUUAUUUUCAUAAGUUGUUUUUCUGUGCCACCACAUCACCAUACAUUAUACAUAUUAGGGUUGGGGGAUAAGGCAAACUUUUCUAAUUGGCCUCUGUUACCACUUUAACUGGCAAUAUCUGGCGUUUUCACCAAAUUAGCUCACUGCAAACCUGCAGUAUAGCACUGGAUUACAAAGCCAUUAUAAACAGAUUUUACA